AUGCAACAAUUAUUUUUAUCUUUAUUUCGUUUUUUUAAAGAUCUUUCAAAGUCUACGAUUGCCUACCAUUAUACUACAAUGGCUGGUAAACUUUUGGGUCGUUUUUCUCAGUCGCAUAACAAUGCAAUUAUCGAUAUUACGGUAGACAACGCAAUGUUUUCUGGAACAACUUGUUCACUCACAUGGAUAGAAGAUCAUGCUUUUCAUUACAUACAUAAUGGUGAUUUUUGGUAUUAUAUACGAAAUGGAAAUAGUUAUGAAGUUAUCAAACAUGAUACCGAUACAGGUCAUCACAAAAUACAUCCUGAAGAGAUUGUACGUGUCUGUACAUUCAACUUACGUUGUGGUCAUGCCGAUUUAAGAACAUCCAAUAAUUGGGAAAGACGAAGAUCAAUCUUGAAAAACUGCCUAGAAAAUAUGCAACCAACAAUUAUUGGAACACAAGAAGGUUAUCCACAACAACUCAACGAGAUCCUUGAUGAUUUAAAUGAAUCUUCAUCUUGUUGGUCAUAUAUAGGUGAAGAAAUCACUCAAUGGCGUACAAUCAAUGCUAUAUUCUAUCGUCAUGAUAUAUUAUCACUUAUUUCAACAAAUACUUUUUGGUUCAAUGAACAUCCAUUGACAUUUGGUGCUGCUUGGGGUGCUAUAGGAUCUCGUGGUUGUACUCGUGCUCAUUUUCAACAUAAACUUACAGAUCAUCCAUUUAUUAUUUACAAUCUUCAUCUUGAUUAUCCAUCUCAAAAUGCUCGACAUCAUUCCAUACCUGUUCUUCUAUCACAGAUAAAUCAGAGUGAUAAUCAAAUUGAUAAUGUUAUUGUCAUUGGAGAUUUUAAUAAUUGGCCAGAAAAAAUUGCAGGUGAACUACCUGUAGAUGAACUGAUUCUAUUAGGACAGAAAGCAUCUGAAAUUCAACAAAUGAAACAAGCUGGUUUUGUUGAUACAUAUCAACAUGGUGAAAUCCCAUCAUUUAAUGGUUUUCAAUCAACUGGUUAUGGUCCAAAAAUUGAUUUUGUUUGGAUAUCAUCAAAUAGUAUUUAUCGAGUUGAAGGUGAAACAAAAAUUGAUGAGUUUCAUGAUGUUAAUGGCUUUUUUCCAUCGGAUCAUUUUCCUGUAUAUGCUGAUUUAGUUUAUAUUUCAUAA